CUCGUCCGCCAUAUUUCGCCCUGCCAGUAUUUUGGUUUCGUCUCCUGCCUAGAAGUAAAGAGGAGUCAUCAUCCUCGUCCCAUAGAAAGCUCUGCUGCUGCCUUGGAGAGGAGGGACCGUUACGUUUCGGGUCUCGUGACGUCAGAGAAGCUUGGUUCCGCCGGCGGGACGCUGGGGGCGACUGGGCCGUACGGAGACCGUGAGGCCGGAACCGCUGAAGUGUGGCGGAAAGGGGGGGAGGUGGCGGUGUGAUUGCCGGGGCAGCAGGAGCAGCGCUUGUCCCCCCUCCCCCCCUGCUGGACCCAGUCGGCUACUCAGGGCAGGCUGACUGACGGGUGUCGCAGCCACCACGCCGGCCCCUAGUCCAGGCUGGCGGCGGAGGAAAAAAAAAAGAGAAUGCGGUGAGGGUACAGUUCUGAAAGUCUGUAAGGGCACUUGAGCAGAGCAUGCUUUCAACAAUGAGAUGAGGUUGGGCUCAACCUAGAACUGUCCGAUUAAGAACAGUUCUGCACAGGCAAUAUACGAAUGGCCCAAGGAAGCUCGCAAGUUGACUUUCAGGUUUUAAAUGACCUGCGACAGAAAUUCCCAGAGGUGCCUGAAGUAGUUGUUUCACGGUGCAUGCUACAGAACAAUAAUAAUUUGGAUGCUUGCUGUGCAGUCCUUUCCCAAGAAAGCACAAAAUACCUAUAUGGUGAAGGUGACUUGUCCCUCACAGAUGAAACUGGCAUUGGUGGUUUAAGAAAUCACAUGACAUCCCUCAAUUUGGAUUUACAGUCUCAGUACCAUGAUGUCAGGGAUGGAAGUAGAAUGAAUGGAAGCAGUAGAACUUUGACUCACAGCAUAAGUGAUGGCCAUCUUCAAGAAGGGCAGUCCAACAAUGAACUGUAUCAUCAUGAGCCACAGACUGCCCCUGCCAAUGUGCCUUCCAAUUUUAAUGUUUUUGGGGUUCCCAAUAACCCUUCAAACCCUGGUCAUCAGUUUGGACUCCAUUUAGGCAGUAAAAGUUCAUCUGGCUUACAAACUCCCAGAUUUAACCCCAUCAUGGUUACCUUGGCUCCAAAUAUUCAAUCUUCUCGAAAUACUCCUACAUCUUUGCAUAUACAUGGCGGGCCACCACCUGUGCUUAACCCACAUGGAAACUCUAUCUAUAUUAGACCUUAUUUCACGUCUCAAAGUGGCACAACACGACAAACACCCCAGCAACCUGGUUGGAUGUCUCAGAUUCCCACACAACAGCAGGUUUUUCAUCCCUCACAUCCAAAUCCCUGGACAACACUUCCUUCUUCAUAUACUCAGUCACAUACCUCAGCACAAUCUAAUCAACAGGGCCACCAGACUUCUCAUGUGUAUAUGCCUAUUAGUUCACCCACAACUCCACAAGCACCUGUACUUCAUUCAUCAGCAGGUGGCUCUCAACCUUCCACCCAGUAUAACAUUCAAAAUAUCUCAACUGGGCCCAGGAAAAAUCAAAUAGAAAUUAAACUUGAACCUCCACAAAGAAGCAAUCCAAAUAUGCUGCGUUCCCAAAGUUCUCGAAGUUCUACUAAUCCCUCUACUUUGAACACCCCAACAAGGAACCAGCCUACUGUUUACAUUGCAAGCCCUCCAAACACAGACGAGAUGAUUAGUCGGAACCAACCAAAGGUCUACAUUUCAGCUCCUGGUGGUGAUGACCAGGUUGUUAGGAAUCAGCCUACCCUCUUCAUUUCAACAAAUCCAGGUGCUGCAAGUGCAGCAAGGAAUGUCUCGGGACAAGUAAGCAUGGGGCCCGCUUUCAUUCACCACCAUCCACCAAAGAGCCGAGCUCAUGGAAAUAACAGUUCGGCGUCUUCUCCGCGCGUUGUAGUGACUCAGCCCAAUACAAAAUAUACUUUUAAGAUCACCGUCUCCCCGAACAAACCACCGGCGGUUUCCCCUGGUGUUGUAUCGCCAACGUUUGAGCACACAAAUCUUCUUCCAUUUGCAGAAUCAGAAGGCAUUCAUCAUUUAACAGACCCUGUUGUAGGACAUGAUCGAAUAAGUGAUGCAAGGAAACUAAGUGUGGGGUCAGAUGAUGCAGCAUAUACACAAGCUCUACUGGUACAUCAGAAGGCAAGAAUGGAGCGACUUCAUCGAGAACUUGAAGUGCAAAAGAAAAAGCUGGAUAAACUUAAAACUGAGGUCAAUGAAAUGGAAAACAAUCUCACUCGGAGACGCCUUAAUAGGUCGAAUUCUCUUUCCCAAAUUCCAUCCCUGGAAGAAAUGCAGCAGUUAAGGAGUUGUAACAGACAGCUGCAGAUUGAUAUAGACUGUCUCACCAAAGAAAUAGACCUUUUUCAGGCAAGAGGACCACAUUUCGAUCCAAGUGCCAUUCAUAACUUCUAUGAUAACAUUGGAUUUCUUGGCCCAGUGCCACCCAAACCUAAAGGUACAGCAUCAGUUGAUCAAAGGUCCACUGUCAAGACACCAAAGAAUGUUCCAGACACGGAGGAAGACGAGGGAGCUCAGUGGAAUUGCACUGCAUGUACUUUUCUUAACCAUCCUGCCUUAAACCGUUGUGAACAGUGCGACAUGCCAAGGCAUUACUGAGCCAGUAGGUCUAAUUUCAUUGAAAAUUCAAGAAGAAAAGCAUCAUUUUAAACUAUGGUGCAUAUAUAUGCACCAUCUGGUUGUUUACCACUGGUAAACGUCAGCCACGGAAUAAUACCUCAGUGUUGUUUUGUGCGCAGCUGGAUUUUUUUCCUCCCUAAAUCCUUAUCGGUGUAAGACUAAUGACCCUGGUUACCAGCUGCCACCUGUACCAUGUACAGUAUUACUAUUGACCCUCUCAGAAGAAUUCUCACUGUGCUCAGUGUUCUGGGUCCUUACUACUUAAUGUUACUGGAGUGGUUUGGAGAUGCAAAAGUGGCUCAGCUUUUCUAUGUCUCCAUGAAGCAAGGCAACAUCGGGUGGCAAAUGAAAACACUAAAAUUGGAGGAAAUGCAGUUUUAUGUGGUCUCUUCCUACCACCUGAACAGAGGAAGGACUUCAGAGUUCAGUGGAUUAGGUUCCUUGGGAUCCUCCCUUCACUUGUGAAACCAGCAUCAGUACAAUCAAUUUCUAACCAGAAAAGACUGCAUGCAUUAUCUGUACGAUACAGUGAAAUUACCCACAGCUCCUGCUCCCCCUUGUACAUAGCUCAGAAGCCUGCUUUAAGUGAUAUUUUUUUCCCUUCUUUUGCCCACCUUUAUUAAUUUCCUGUACUUCUGUAUGUAUAGUGUAAUAGGGUUUUUGUUAGCAUUUUCUUUAUCCUUUUAAAUCUUUUGGCACAGUUAAUGUCCUUUUUAAAGCUUUUCUAAGAAAAAAAAGUGCCUUAAAUGAGUAGUAGGAGGGAGAAAAGCAUUUUGCAUAAUUUCCUAUACACUCUUUCCCCCAUAAAGAUUUCUGUAUAUGCUGAUGUCCUGUGAAGACGUGUGAAGAAAAAAAAAGGGGGUUUAAGAAGACAUUAUCUCUUUGUAAAGGGUAUACCAGUCAUUUUCUGUACACAUUGAAUUUUACAGUGGUUGACUGUCAGCAGCCAAAAUGUUUGUUUUCACGUUUUCAUACCACACAUCUAAAUAUUUCAUGCUUAGGAUCUUCAGACUAUUUUGUGCAAUAAUGGCAUCCCUUAAUUUGAUUAAAAAUCAUAGACAAACACAAAAUCAUGGACUAAUUUAAAAUGUUCAUGGCAGGCAGUUUCUAUAAAACUGCAAUUGAUGUAGUUAACUUUUUAUUUUUUUUAAUACAACUGUACAUUCAGUAUUAACUAUUUUGCUGAAAAGAUCGAUUGAGACUCUGCCUGCUUUGUUCAAAAGUUGCGUUGGACGCACAAAGAUCAUUGUCUGUCUUUUUUUUUUUUUGUACUAGUUGCCUGGAAUCUGUGGCAUUCCUCUUUCUAUAAGAUUGCUGCCACUUAGAAAACAGACAUUCACAAUUCCAUUUCAGCCGUCCCCAUCAAAAUGGUCAAUUAUGAUUUUGAAGACAUUUCGAGAAUAAUUGUGGGCUUUGAAGCUGUAAUUUAUUGAACAGCUUUAUUUAAUACAGAUUUAAAGCCCUAAAGCUUGAGGAAUACCACACAUCUCAGUUUUUUUCACUCCUUAUUUGAAAAAGAAAACUCACUGCUUGGCAUCUCAAAACCUGUACAUAUUUGCUGCUUUUUAUUUAAAUGUUAAUAGAAAACAAUUAAAUGAGCAAUUUUCAGUGGCUUAGUCUUUUAAUAGAAAAUGUCAUCCAAAGUCACCCACUGUAAAUGACUGAACAUCUUAAAUUGUUAUGAGAUUUUGUACCAUUGAGCGAUAAUGUGAUAUGCCUUACUCUUUAAGGCUCUUCAUUGUGUUGCAGAAUUCAUUUCUAGGUAACGGGAGUGUUGAAAUGGCUUGUGAUAAGUUUAAGCCUUCCAGCACUGUAAUGGGGCUAAACAGCAGAACCAAAGCACUUAGAAGCAAUACUUUUUGUUAAAAAGACCAUUUUUCAGCUUCAUCUGCAGUUUUCUGUGAAGAUUGACAAAUCCGUUUUUACUUGUUUUAUUAAUAAAACCUAAUUUGGAUAUCUUGAGUUUAUGGUUUUGUGAUUUAGCUGGGUAAACAGUCUUUGUAACAGAUAAGUUAUUUAUAAAAAUUAAAAAAAUAUAUAUUCUAACUGG